AUGGGAUGGGUUCCCUUGACAGUGGCUUCGCUUAAAGAUUGGGAGGAAAAGCAAACCCAAUGCCGAAAGGAACAUUUUACAAUGGACAUCAACGAAAUUCCAACUAGCUCUUUUUAUGGUAAAAGAUUCAAAACCUUAGCUUCUGCAGUUGAUGCUGUUGAACAGGCAAAUAUUGGUAAUUCAGAACUUGAUGUCGUUAUAAUUCCACCAGAAGUGGAUUAUCAAACGGACGAGGAAGAAUUCGAUGAAGACGAUUUAUUAGUUGCAAACCUACCAGAAGAUAUUCCACAGCUUGUUGCCCAGAACUACGAUGGUGCUGCCGUAAUGGCUGGUCAUUUAGGAAGCCUUCAAGCUAAAGUGAAAGAGAAGUUUAAAAAUUCAAUUUUCGUUCACUGUAUAGUACAUAGACUUAAUUUGGUUUUAUCGCGAAGCAUGGAUAAUAUUAAAGAUUGCAAAGUUUUCUUUUCGACGAUUAGUGGACUGAACGUCAGUAAUUUAAACGAUCUUGCACCGAACCAGAGAGAAGAACAAAAAAUCUUAAGAUACUACCAAAGAAUAGAAAGAGAAAAAAAUAAUAAUUCCAGGUGUUAUAUAAAAAACAAUAAACUAAUUAUUGAUAAUAACGAGUACACUAUUGACGAACUGGCAGAAUUAGAACAUCGGGAAAUGGAAAUAAGAAAAGCAUCCAGUGCCCCAAGUACUCCUUCUCAGACUCUCAUAAGUACAGAAGAAACAGAAGGUAAUGAUGAUCAACAAUUAUUGGAGAAAGAAGAAAGAAAUAAAAAAACGGAAAACUUCAGUACUAAAGUUAAACAAGAUCAAAAACCAGAUAGUACUCCAAAGCCAAAUCCUACGAAACCCAAUCUUGCAAAUAAGCUAAACAAUCGAAAUAAUCAAAACAGGAACCUUUGUUCAGGAUCGACAUUUUCACAGAAUUCAAAAGCUUCAAAGUGGUACAAUCACGCAGGAUUGGAACCAAGUCUGAUAAUUCCUGGUCCGCGAGUGCGACAACUUGGACCAGUUUUGGCCAUUGAAGCUGUAAAUAUAGAAGACGGCGGUGUAUACCGGUGUUCGGCGUCGAACGCAGGUGGGGAAUCCAGUGCGGAAUUACGAUUAAUGGUCUCCACUAAUUUGCACGUAGAGAUUUCUCCGCCGCUGCUCAGCGUGCACAUGGGCGGCAGUGCCGAAUUCAGAUGCGUCGUAUCAUCGCAAAGUGGAGGACCGCAUCUUGUAACUUGGUAUAAAGAUGGCCGCCAGCUACCCAGUACAGGAAGAGGCUCCAGUGAAACGCUAAUAGUAAACAAUAUAGGUAGAGAAGACAGAGGAAUGUACCAAUGUGUGGUGAGAAGAGCUGAAGGUGACACUGCUCAAGCAGCAGCUGAACUGCAGUUAGGCGAUGCUCCUCCAAUUCUUCUGUAUAGCUUCAUUGAACAAACGCUACAGCCGGGGCCUGCAGUUUCUUUAAAAUGCAGUGCAUCUGGAAAUCCAACUCCUCAGAUAUCUUGGACGCUGGAUGGAUUUCCUUUACCUAGUCACGGAAGGUUCGUAAUCGGUCAGUAUGUGACUGUUCAUGGAGACGUAAUCAGCCACGUCAAUAUCAGCCAUGUUAUGGUGGAAGAUGGCGGGGAAUACACAUGCGCAGCGGAAAAUCGGGCAGGACGAAGUUCACAUUCGGCCAGACUCAACAUUUAUGUUCCCCCAAAAGUUAGCCCCUUCUACGCAGAGGAUACCCUGCACGUUGGAGACCGAGCUAGCUUAACCUGUUCCGUAACGAAAGGCGAUCUACCGUUAACUAUAUCUUGGCACAAAGAUGGCCGCUCUGUCGAACCAGCCCAGAUGAUGUCGAUAACGCAGGUGGACCAAUUCACUAGCAUUUUAGUGAUAGAGAGUCUAUCGCCGGAGCACAACGGCAAUUACUCUUGCGUAGUGAGGAACCUUGCAGCAGAGGUCUCCCACACACAGCAAUUAGUUGUUAAUGUUCCCCCUAUAAUUGAGCCCUUUUCCUUCCAAGACGGGCUGUCAGAAGGCAUGCGUACCCGUACCGUCUGCGGUGUGAGUAAAGGUGAUCCGCCCCUUGUGGUCUCUUGGCUCAAGGACGGGCAACCAUUGACGCCUAACCUGGGCGUCAACGUUUCGGCCCUUGACCCUUACUCUAGCCUCCUCAGCAUUUCUAGCCUUGAUUCGAGACACUCCGGCGAUUUUACCUGCGUGGCAAGCAACCCGGCCUCAGAGGUUAGGUACACUGCGAAACUGCAGGUCAAAGGUAACCACCCGAGCCUCUGUCCUUCUCACUCACCUCCCUCCUCACCCCCAGUACACACACCUACCGUUGCUUUGGCACAUGCGACGAUUGGACCCAAUGGUCAAGGUACUGUUGCACCGACUUUUGUUCUUGUUCUUCUCUCACUUUCACUUUCCUAG